AUGUACGAGGUGCUCGACGCCCUCCGCACCAGCUCCGUUGGUCUGCUGUUUCUGAAUCACCCUGAAGUAUCCUUUUCAAACCGGUCGUGCGUAAUCUGCAUCCCUGAUUUCCAUCAAGACGAGACAAUCGAUGGCUACCGUUUGCGCGCUGCCUACAACGCCGGCACCAUCGGGCGAAGCUACUUCGCCACCCGUGACGUCGCGGCGUUGUCGAAGAGGUGUACGCCGACACAGGGCUCGAGCGACUCCCUUCCCGACGAUGCCCCCAAAGGUCCCGUAUUCUGCAUCCUCAAGGUGAUCAGCUUUGUGCUUCGCCGCCGGCUGCUGGAGGAGGUCACCGCGGAGCAGCGCGUUCUCGUCAACAUUGUGCACCAGAACGUGCUGCAUAUCAGCGACGUUCUCAAUGAUGAGGCGAAGGAGAACAUGAUUGUGAUCACCAACUACCAUGCAAAGGGCAACAUCGUCAACUACGCAGGCCGACUCUCGCACGACCCCGACAAGCUGCGCCGUAUCCUGAUGGAGGUGGCGGUGGGUCUUCGCAUCCUGCAUUCACACCGAAUCUAUCACCACAACUUGAAGCUCGACAACGUGCUCGAGAACGGCGAGGGGCACUUCUGCAUCACCGACGCCGGCUUCUGGCGUCUCUUCGCCGUGCAGUGUCCAGAGGAUCUCGUAUUCAACGGCGAGUUGGCCUGCCUCCCGCCCGAGGUGUUCGACCCGGAGGGCGCGUACGCGACAGGCGAGGUCAAUGUCGUCUCGGACGAAGGCGCGGCUGGAGUGGCCGCGGUGGAUAUCUGGGGCUUUGGCGUACUCAUGUACCGCCUCGCCUACGGCUGCGAUCCGGUCGAGAUCGCCGAGUGCUCCUACGCGCAGGUUCAUGAGCGGCUCGAGAACUUCGACCUGAGCUUCCCAGCACGCCCGCACUGGAACUUCGCGUACGACAUCGAGGACGCGAUCAGACUCUGCCUGCAAAAGGAGCCGUCGAAGCGACCAAGUGUGCUGCGGCUGCUGCAACACCCCUUCUUCAAGCACAGCUUGGUCUUAGGCACCUCGUCAUUGAUGCGCAAAAUUUCCAUGACGAGCAGCUUAGCUUUUGGUGUACAUAUGGUGGGUGGCUUCGGCGACCGGACGAUGAGCGCGUUGGCGCCGAGAGGGGCCUCGAUGAGUAAUAUGGCCGUGCCAAACUACCGUACGCAGCAGCGAAACGGCUUCCAGGUGGACGCUUUUCUUGGUGAGGGCCGCUUCUCGGAAACGAUGAUGGUUCAUCUGCGCCGCAGUCAGUCCAAGCAGUUCGCCUUCAAGAUUAUCCACAAGGCUAUUCUAAAGCGGCUGCAAGCACCUGGGCGGGAGAGAUGGGCGCGAGAAAUGCGCCGCCAGCUCGUUUUCUCCCGCAAGGUUGACCACCCAAACGUUAUGCGCUUCAUCGACAUCGUGGAGGACAAGAAGGCGAACUGCUUCGUGGUGCAGGACUACAUGUCGAGUGGCGCCAUCGAAGCCGUGCCCCCGGUGAAUGGCGACAACUUGUCCCCAACGCUGCAGGAGUUCUUAGUGGAUGUGCUGGCUGGAUUGGUACACCUGCACGACAACGGCGUAGCGCACCUCUCUCUGGUUCCGACGAACAUAUUCUUUUGCGAGCACACCUUGCACUACCGCAUUGCCGAUUUUGGACCGCUGUUUGUGACGGCAGACGCCUUGCAGGACUCCAUCGCGGAAGACGCGCCGCUCUACACGCUACCCUCGUGGGUGCGGCAGCAUAGUCCCUUGCAUGGCCCCAGCGUGGACAUGUUCUGUGUCGGUCUCCUUGCCGCCUCGGUACUUCCGGAGCUCUUCAACACGGUAUGGACAGAACUGCUCGACGGUGAGAAGAACAGGGCGUUUGCCGUCGACACGGUACUUACAGCCGUGCGACAGCCAAGGGCGCAGCUGACGCCAGCGUUGGUCUCCUUCAUCGAGGAGGCGCUGGUGGGGAGGUUCCAAGACGCGCGAGCGGCGCUGAAGCACACGUACUUCAAAAAUCUGAGCUUAGCGCAAAACUUGCCAAGGACGAUUGUCGAGGUCACGGAGGAGGAGCUACAGAGCGCCGUGCACUCGAAACCCGAGACGCGCGACGAAGCCCGCAUGCUAGACGUCCUCGCCCAGGACCCGUUCCAGGAGAGCCAGAUGCUCAGUUCUGCGGGUGACGCCACGUUACAUGGCAGCGACUCAUGCACCGAAGCCUCCAUUAUCGCCGGUGCCACAGGCGAGAAACCCACGGUUCUCGUCUUCCAGGGCGAGAACCUGCUCUGCGGCCAAUGCAGCGCCGAGCUGACGGUGGCGCUCUACCAGUGCUCCGACUGCGACGGCUACAUUCGCUGCGGCAAGUGUUCUGUAGGCAACUACCACAAGGACCACCACGAGUUAGUGCCGUUCCUGAUUCACACGAUCGAGCACAGCAGGGAUGGUGCCAACAAGGCCGUGCUGGUGCAGCCGUCGACGGUGCCGGAUGUGCACGCGCUCGAGACGCUGGAGAUGACGGCGAACUUUCCGGUAGGCUCUCUUACGGCACAUCUCGUGGCGCAGCGCGCGGCGGAGCGGUCGAUUGCGGUGCGCAGCACUGGUGGCGGCAGCAUUACAAAAGGCAUGUUUGGCGACAUAGAGAGUGUCGUCCACCUUUCUGACGACAUAAGCGAGCAGAGCAUUUCGGUCAACAUCAACGGUCGCAGCUUGAUCAGCUUCCGUGGGUUUGGUGGGAUGUCCGGUGGCGGACUACACCUUGGCAGCGGCGUCAACAGCAGCAAUACGGGUUUCAACACGGUAGGCUUCCCAUGUGGCCGCGCGGAUUCUGUGACGCCAAAGGACUGUGGCUCGCUCUACUUGCCUCCGCCGUCGAGGCUCUCACUCAUGAAGGACAAAGAGGCGAGGAAGCUGGCGCUUCCCAAGGCGGCGGAAAUCGAAGACGACGACUGGCAGCAGGAGCUGGAGCGCUGCCGCACCAGCCAUCACUCCGAGCUGCUGCUGUACAACUACAGUCUGGACGAGGUGCCGCCGGAGGUGUACGACCCACCGCUGCUGCAGGUGGUCGUCUUGGAUAUUUCACAGAACAAUCUUACGUCGCUGCCACAUGAGCUGAGCUUCUUGAUCCACUUGCGCAAGCUUGUGGUUUCGUACAACAAGCUCUCCGAGCUUCCGGAUAGCCUUGGCAACCUUAGCGAGCUCGAAAGCCUCGAUGCAAGCCACAACGCCCUAGUGGAUCUACCGCAGACGUUCAUCUACCUCAGCUCCCUCACCUCGGCCGCGCUGGACUACAACAACUUCUCCAGCAUUCCAGAUAGCUUGCUGGAUAUCGUUGCUCCUCCGCUAUGCUCCAGCGUGUCGAACGUGAUGGAUUACUUCGCCAUGGCCUCACCGCAGGUGAACGGCGCGCGAAUGGCAAGCUUCGCGGGGAACAUGGCCGGCUCCUUUGUUGGCGGCUCCAACGUGAGUAACUCCAAGACAGUGAUCAUGUCACCCAAGCUGAAGGUGAUCUACCUCGCCGCCAACGACAGCCUGACAACCCUCCCGUUGCGAGAGCGGCUGCAGCGCUUCGACGACCUCACGAUUGCGCUCGACAACGAGCCCUCACUCUACAAGGACUACUACGAGAAGAAUCUCGACACCGAGCUGCCCAAUAUUACGGUGAACUGGAACAAGCUGUACCCGGAUGAAAUUGUGCCGUAUCUCUACUGCGGCAGUCUCCGCUCCGCGCAGUCGCAGAUGGUGUACCGGAAGCUGAACAUUACGUAUUUGCUCACUGUGGGUCGGCAACUGGUGCCGGUGCCACCGGAGGGCGGCCAUCACAAGGUCAUCGUCGUGGACGACAUCCCUGGCGCGAACAUUCGCAUGUCUUUUCACGAGGCCGUUAACUUCAUCGAGGAAAGCCAGUCGAAAAAGAGCGGGUGCCUGGUGCACUGCUUUGCAGGUCUGUCGCGCUCUGCCACAACGGUGAUUGCGUACUUGAUGAUUAAAAGGGGCAUGCGACUGGAUGAGGCCUAUCUGGUGACCAAGAAGGGCAGACCGGCAAUUCUCCCAAACAAGGGCUUCUUUGAUCAGCUGGUGGAACUGGACAACGAACUGUACCCCAAGCCAAGCCGGCCACUCGACAUCGAGUCCCUCGGGCGCUCAGCAAACUGA